CCACCUUGGCUGGAACUUAUUCCGUCGGCAGCCUCUGAUCACAACAAUAACACUGCCGAUCGCACAACGACCGAGGCCGCAGAACCCUCACAGACGGCUAACUUGCUCCCUUUCGAUACCAUGUCGUCCGCCAGCACCCCCAUAUCUCCACAAAUGUUUGCCAUCGCCAUCAAGGAUCUUCCUGUUGAUACACUCUAUGCCAAGGCAGCAGAACUGCUCAACAGCAUGGAGCACUUGCGCCAGUCCAAUGCACAAAUGAAGGAUUUUGCUGAUGAAGGCGAUGAGGUGUGCAAGGAGGCCAUUGCGGAGAAUGAUGUCGUGAUUGAGAGAAUCGGGGAGAGAAUCCAACUGUGUAAGGCUGAAGUUGAGGGGAGAGGGAUGCGAUGGACGGGACAUGUCGAAGCCCAAGGAGAAGACGGUCAGGAAUCGAAGACGAAUGGGGUUGUGGCGAACGGCGAUGCCGAGCAUGAGGCCGGUUCAGCAGCGCCGGCACCUAGUGGAAGGCUUACCGACGAGGAGUUGCGGAGGCAGCUCGAAGCGCAAAUGGAUGAUGACGAGGAGGACGGGGUCCAUCUGUGAUGCACCAGCGCGAGCCCUUGGUAUGAAGAGAAGAAAAUAUUGAGAAAGGUUGAAGGCACGAGCAAUCCGAGAGAUGCUCAAGACUACAGAACAUGCCGCCAGGGUCAACUUUCGUGCAGAAAGUGUACCCUCUCACGAUGCCAUGCCGUAAUACAGCGUUUGCUGCAAGCUGCAGCCCUCGAUAUUGAUGCGAGAGGCUGGAGUUCACAUCAGGAAACUGCUGGCUCGACAAUGCCAAUCACAGUGGUUUCCCACUUGAUCAGACGAGGCGACCACAAGAUCGGAUUACCGAUGUUACGGCAAGCGCUCGGAUCGCAUGUUGAAUGAAGAAUUUUCAAGGCUCUCCAUGGAGAUGAGCGAAGGGAGCAGGAUUCUCGUGCUCCAGAUAGCCCGAAUAGGUGCACCUGUGCGGCGUAGAGAAAUGCCCCGAGAGCUGCAACACCCCUUCGACCAGACUGAGUUAGCCGGAAAGCACAUCGAGCAUGUCGCCAACGACUGAAAAGCGAACAGGCGAGUGACCAGGUGCAGAUGGACUGCUCGCAAUAGCAUAGCAAAUGAUGGAGCAGAACGGAUGGUCCUCCCCUAUCUCACCUCUAUGUAUACAACACCCAUAACAAGUGGAGGUGUCAGCGGAGAGAAUGCCAAGCCAUCUGCACUCAUCUUGCUCGCUUCUCACCCUCUCUCACCC